ACCGUCGUCCAAGAGCAGAAAAUGUCGCUGUCAAAUGAUUUCCUAGAUUUAUGAAGAAAAUAACUUUAUUUAUACACGUUCUAGCUAUGGGAAUGUAAUACCGAGUACCUGUGUAGCUGCUGCAGGUAUCGCCAUGGACACGGACGCCAGUAGCUUCCUCGCUCUGAUCGAGGCUGUGCUGAGCUUGGCCGCGCCCCAGGUCCCACGCCCCAGGGAGGGCAUCAUCAAACCGGGUGGCUACCCAGAAGAUAUCUUCUUAAGCCUGCCUGAAGAUGAAAAGGAUGACUUGGAAUGUGCCAUAUGUUACCAAAUCCUCAAGGAAGCAAUGCAGUGCAACAACAAACACAAGUUCUGUCAUUCCUGUAUCUAUGUCUGGUCGACCAGUGGCCGCCACCUGAACCGAACCCGGUGUCCCGUGUGCCGGAUCGAGGGCCGGUAUGAGCGGAACAAGGACCUCGAUGAGAGGAUUGAAAACAAGAGAGUCCGGUGCUCGCUCAAGAGCUGUAAGUGGACAGGGAUGUUGAAGUACCACAGCGUACACCAGCACACAAACUACAGUGUCUCAUCGCAGGUGACGCUCGAAACCAAGGAGUUGCCCUUACUGUCUGGGCGCUCCACACCAGCCAACCGAUCAACCAGUUCCAACUCCCAGCGAAUAACCACAAGAACUGGGCUGCCUGUCCCAACAAACCACACACGGCUAAGAGCCCGCCUGUCGGGAAACCGGUUCAGGAGUGAUGACAACAACAACAACAGCAGCAGCCACAACAACAACAGCCGAAUCAGUAGCAGUAGCAUAACUUCAAAUAGCGGUGUGUCGAGCUCUGUUGAUACGAGUGUCGGUGCAGACAGACGGAGUCCAGCCCCAUCGACGACACCCCGUCCUCCUACAAACCCGAGGCCUGCAGGGCUCGUCACCCGGCACAGAAUGACAUCACUUCCAGCGCUGCGGCGACCUGCCAGGUCAAGGGUCAAUCUAACAAACACCAGUGACGCUGCUACAUCAGGUUCUUCUGAGGUGAGGCCGGCAGAAAGCACGGCCCCCGAGCUGCUCAGAGAGAGGGUGGACCAGGUGGAUAACAACCUGACCAACAUCCGGUCCAGACUCCAGGAAAGUCACAGCCACCUUGAUGCACUGAUGGACACGUUUGGCAGUGAGCUGGAGCAGCACCAACAGGAAGUGAUCAGCAUCCACGUGGAGCGUGAACGACAGCGACAGGAGCAGCUUGACGAGGUGCGUGAACUGGGCCGGCGACUCGGACAGGUGGCAUCCGAACUGAGGAGGCUGCUCAGUCAGCGACGUACCAUCCGCGACGAACUCAACGAUUUGCUUGAUUGAACAUCCAUGUUGUCACGAUCGAUUGAACAUCCAUGUCGUCGUGAACAAUUGUGUGAAACAAACUCAACGACUUGCUUGAUGGAACAUCCAUGUCGCGAUCAGUUGUGUGAUACGAACUCAACUAUUUGCUUGAUUGAACAUUCAUGUCGUCACGAUCAGUUGUGUGAAACAAACUCAACGAUUUGCUUGAUUGAACAUUUGUGUCGUCGCGAUUAGUUGUGUGAUAUUUAUGUUGGAUUGGGCUUUCAUUUCUUCGUAAUCUGUGUAUUGUGGCUCAAAUGUCUGUGUGUUUAAAUGAUAUUCGUCAAUGCUAGAUCAUUUCAAAUCAUGACAUAGUUCUCCUAAUGUAUAUAUCGAAGGACGACUACUAAAACUGCUAAUUAUGUGAAUUUUUUGCUUUGUUUGGUUUGGUUGGGUUUGGUUUUUGGGGGAUGGGGGGGGUGUAUAUGCCUGUUGUAAUAUGGUAUGGCAUUGUCCGUCUGUCCGUCCUUAAACAUUUCGUUUCUGGAGAAUAUCUUUCUCAUCAUUUAGAUUCAUCAAGCCUUGCAUGCAAGUACAACUCUGGAUGACGGUGUGUCGCAUCCCAUAACUAGGUCACUACAACCUACUUUUCACGCAUUAAAGCCAUAUCUUCCAUAUCAAUUCAUAUAGGAUCAUCAAACCUUGCAUGCAAGUACAACUUGGGAUAGUGAUACCUUAACUAGGUCAUGGUGACCUACUUUUGACAGUGGUAUCAUGUACCUCACCAGUACUCUUGUUUUUACGGGGGUAAGGGUGGUAGAACAUAAAUGAAACAUGAAAUUAGAUUUGAAAAUAUAAAAUAGCUCUCUUGUUUUUUAGAUGGUUUUUUUAUUUUAUUUUUAAAAACAUUUUUUGGUGUCAGUAACAAUGACAGUAACCUUGCUUGUAGCACAUAAUUGCUAGGUCCUUGCAAUUUAUUAAAAAAAUUAUCAAAAUAUUGUUCUGAACUUAUUUAGUGUUGAAAAAUUAACAGGAUUGUUAUGUUUGAUGCCAUAUUAAUUACUUGAGUGUAUUCUUAACUGUCGUAUAAGCUAGCCCAGUGCCUGAGACAAAUGCUUCUUCAAGUUGGGCUAGUUAUAACUGCUAACAUACUAACCCAAAGGGAUAGUGCUUAAAAGAACAGAAGAACAAGUCUUCACUAUGAAAUAUUUAGCCACCAAUAUUUGUGGUCUAUUUCAUGUAUUCUUGCAGCAUUGCGCGUCCCCUCAGGAUUGCCCUAAGACUCAAUAUGUGAUAGCUUUUUAUAAAUUCAAAAUUUGUUUUUCUAAUUGCUAUAUUGAAAUCAAUUUUUAUCAAUUCUAGAUUAUUCAGAUAUUGGCUUAACCAGAAUUUACUGUCUUUUUUUUAUAUGAAUUUAUUUAUUUAUUUUAUUGAAUGUAUAUGUUAUGUGAUUCAGUAAAUCAGACAUUUUAGUGCUUGUAAAAGAUUAUAACUUUGUGAUUUAAAUGUUUGUGAUGAUGAUUACAUGUUGAGAGUGCUCCAGAAAGUUUUUAUUAUUGCUCAUUCUUUGAAUACCAAAGAGUUCAAUCUUGCUGCUUGUAACCAAUAAUGCCAUUUGAGUUUUCUUUAUUAGAUGAACUGUUAGCCAUUAUUUGCAUACUACACCCCAUUUGCAUGUCACACCAAGAGUUAUUUCCCAUGUCCCAUUACAAAUUAUUACAUGUUAUGUAGAAUCAAAAUUUGUAAAUACUACUUUUAUUUUUAUGAAUUUAAUUACAUAAAAGGCAGCUCUUUGUAAGAACAUAUACUUUCAAUUUGAGAUGUUUUAUGUCACAUAUUUUGCCAUAUUUUAUCUUGUUACUGUCUGCCAUCCAUAUUUGUGUAAUAUUCAUUGGGGACUCUUACAAAAUGCAGGUGUCUGUAUUAUUACCUUUGAAGAGCUAUUCCAGACCAGGAGUUAUCAUUAACACUUUCCAGACUGUAAAUGUUUGACGGGUGGAUCAAUACUUAUAUGUGUUUAUAUUUAUUUACACUUAUUGUCCCUUGAGCACUCCCCUAAUGCUAAUUAUGCAUGAAAAUGAUGACCUCCAUAUAUAAUUCUUCUGUUAUAUUUUUGGCACUGUUGACCAGAUUUUUCACAGGUUUCUAAAUCGUUGGUACCAGCGGCAGGGAAGCAUGGUUUUUUGUCUUUAAAUGAAAUAAUUACUGCAUUGUUCAACCUUGAACUGAAAGUUUGAUGGUGUUUUUGAAGUGUGAAUAAAUAUAUAUAUUUUUUAGAUGGGGCAUGAAAGGUGGGUUGAAUGGGUGGGAAACCACCAGAACCGUCUGGACAUUGGUCAUUUUUUAGAAAUAGAAAAAGGGAAUGUGACUAAAAAGUUGAAAAACAUUUGUAAAGUUAUGCUUGCUCCUCGGUGGACUAAUUGAUUUUUUCCUAUGCCAACCAAUGCCCCAUGACUGAUAUCAAAGGCCAUGGUAUGUUUUGUGCUCUUGUUGGGAAGUUGUGUAUAAAAGAUCCCUUGUUGGGAAGUUGUGUAUAAAAGAUCCCUUGUUUGGAAGUUGUGUAUAAAAGACCCCUUG